CAGGCGGAGAUCACGUAGCCUGCUCCAGGUUGACGUUGAGCUGAUUGAGCUCGCUUCAGUUGUGAGACUUGAAGCUGAGCGUUGUUCUUAUUGAGACCCAGAGGAGCCCGGUCCGGUCAGGUCCGGUUCGGUUCACCCUGGGAUGGAACAUCCUCACCCAUUCUGAACCCACCUGCUCUGGAUCUGGUUCUUCUGCAGGUCACAGUGAUCUUUGAUAAUUCAGUCUCAGAAGACACCAUGGUGGUUUAAUUUGGAUUUCUGCAUUUUCUCCAACAGGAUCCGCCGGCCGUCAGAAUGCAGAGCACCGCCAACUACCUGUGGCUGAUCUCCGACCUCCUGGGUCAGGGCGCCACGGCCAACGUCUACCGAGGACGACACAAGAAAACUGGCGACCUGUACGCCGUCAAGGUGUUCAACAACCUGAGCUUCCUGCGGCCGCUCGACGUCCAGAUGAGAGAGUUUGAGGUUCUGAAGAAGCUGAACCACAAGAACAUCGUGAAGCUGUUUGCCGUGGAAGAAGAGACCAACACCCGGCACAAGGUCCUGGUGAUGGAGUACUGCCCCUGCGGCAGCCUCUACACCGUCCUGGAGGAGUCCACCAACGCCUACGGCCUCCCGGAGGACGAGUUCCUCAUCGUCCUCCACGACGUCGUGGCAGGCAUGAACCACCUGAGGGAGUACGGCAUCGUUCACCGCGACAUCAAGCCGGGAAACAUCAUGAGGGUGAUCGGAGAGGACGGGCGCUCCGUUUACAAGCUGACGGACUUCGGUGCCGCCCGCGAGCUGGAAGACGACGAGCAGUUCCAGUCUCUGUACGGCACCGAAGAGUACCUGCACCCGGACAUGUACGAGCGCGCCGUCCUGCGGAAGGACCACCAGAAGAAGUACGGCGCCACGGUGGACCUGUGGAGCAUCGGCGUGACGUUCUACCACGCCGCCACCGGCAGCCUGCCUUUCCGACCGUUCGAAGGACCACGCAGGAACAAGGAAGUGAUGUAUAAGAUCAUCACAGAGAAACCGUCAGGAACCAUUUCUGGUCACCAGAAGAGCGAGAACGGGAAGAUUGAGUGGAGCACCGAGAUGCCGGUGUCCUGCAGCCUGUCCAAGGGCCUCCAGAGCCUGCUGACCCCGGUUCUGGCCAACAUCCUGGAGGCGGAUCAGGAGAAGUGUUGGGGUUUCGACCAGUUCUUCGCUGAGACCAACGACAUCCUGCACCGCGCCGUGGUCUACGUCUUCAGUCUGCAGCAGGCCACGCUGCACCACGUCUACAUCCACGAGUACAACACGGUGGCGCUGUUCCAGGACCUGCUGUGCCGCAAGACCAGCAUCCCACUGCACAACCAGGAGCUUCUGUACGAGGGCCGGCGCCUCGUCCUGGAACCCAACCGCCAGGCCAAGACGUUCCCCAAGACCUCCAGGGACAACCCGAUCAUGGUGGUGAGCCGUGAGGUCGUCGCCACCGUCGGCCUGAUCUUCGAAGACCCGAGUCCACCAAAGGUUCAGCCGCGCUACGACCUGGACCUGGACGCCAGCUACGCUAAGACUUUUGCUGGAGAUGUGGGCCACCUGUGGAAAACCUCAGAGUCUCUGCUGGUUUAUCAGGAGCUGGUGAGGAAAGGAGUCAGAGGACUGAUAGAGCUGAUGAAGGAAGACUACAAUGAAAUUCUGCACAAGAAGUCUGAGGUUUUCCGCCUGUGCAGCAUCUGCACGCAGCAGCUGGAGAAGGCAGAGCACCUGUUGGAGGUUCUGAUGCAGGCCAACAUACUGAACUCGGAGUACGAAGACAUGGCAGACAUGCACAAGAAGGCCCUCAGGAUCUCGACUUCUCUGGAACCCAUCGAGAGAACAACGCAGGACAUCAAGAGCAAGUUCCUGCCUGGAGCACUUCUGACCGACAGCUGGACCCAGCAGGUCGGGACGUACCCUGAGGACAGGAAUGUUGAGAAAAUCAAGGUCCUGCUGGACUCCAUCACUGCCAUCUACCAGCAGUUCAAGAAGGACAAAGCAGAACGGCGUCUUCCAUACAAUGAAGAGCAGAUCCACAAGUUUGAUAAGCAGAAGUUGGUGAUCCAUGCUGGCAAAGCUCGCUCUCUGUUCACCGACGAUUGCGCCAUGAAGUACCGACUCUUCAUAUCCAAGAGCGAGGAGUGGAUGAGGAAGGUCCACCAUGUUCGGAAGCAGCUGCUCGGUUUGUCCGGUCAGCUGAUCAGCGUGGAGAAGGAGGUGACCGUGCUCCUGGACCGGGCCAUCAAGCUGCAGGAACAGCUUCCCCAGAAGGUUCUGGUUCUGGUUCCGAACAUGAUGAAGGCCCAGCCGUACCUCAGCCCCAACACGCUGGUGGAGAUGACGCUGGGGAUGAAGAAGCUGAAGGAGGAGAUGGAGGGAGUCAUCAAGGAGCUGGCGGAGAACAACCACUUCCUGGAUAGGUUUGGGACUCUGACCCUGGACGGAGGGCUGAGAGGCUGACCCGGUCCGCGGCGCCGUGUACAUACACUCUGUAAAUACUGUCUGACUCUGAGGGGUCCCCUGCCCCGCCCUGCUGGGGAACCAUACAUCAGAACCGCUCUGUUGGACCCAGAACCUUCCAUCGCGUUAAUGACUCCAUUUCUCCAAAACCCAGAGCCGGGCCAGAACUUCCAGCAGAACCUCCUGUUGCACAUCGAAGGCCGGAUCUUUAGCUGAAUUUUUGUUCAAAAAUAAGACGGAACAACGUUUGAGUCGUGGUGUUUUCCUUUAAAUGCUGUCUAACAAAUCACAUCAGUAUAAUCUGCAUCACAGCAUUAUGCUGCCAUAACCUGAUGGGAUUAUAAACUGCUCCUGCAGCUCAGAGUUGGGAUUACUGGAGGAUAUUACUCAUCUAGUUUUUAUUAUAUCUAUUUUAUUUUUAAUGUUCUAAAUAUGUUGACAGUGUUUCAUUGUCACAGUGACAGCAGACAAACUGAAACUCAGACAAACAGCAGCAGUCUGGUUCAGGAUUAAUAAUCCAGCUGAUAUGUCGAUAUGUUUGCAUAUCCGCCAUAUGUUCUGUAUAUUCAUGAAGGCAAAAACGUGAAAUUAAACAGCAAUAAUUGGGAUAUUUAGCCUGACAAGAGAAAAAUAAACAUUUUGAUCAUUA